AUGUCAUCAUUCCUAACAACUCUCGGACUGCGUGCUGCCUCGGACGGUCAUGUCCCAAAUCGUGCCGCUGGCUUGCUUUUGACAAACUGGCUGCUCGCCUACUGUUGGAUGAGCACUCGUUUCACGAAAAUCGCCCUGGGCAUCGAUAAUAAUAUUGCCCCCCGGGAGGACCUCGCCACGAUCGGUGAAGCCGCCGUCGAGUCCGGCAAGAUCAGCCGCAAGACCCUGAACAGGCUCAAACGGGAGGAAGCAGCACAUGCCAAUGCGAUUGAGAACUAUACCGUCUUCGUGGCAGCGACCCUGAUCGCCGUCAUUGCCAAAGUACCCAACAAGGACGUCAACAAGUACGGGUUGUGGUAUACGGCUUCCAGAAUUGCCUUCAGUCUCUGUUACUCGUACGGGGAGACGCGUAGGAUGAGUAAUUUCCGAUCUUUGUUCUGGUGGUCUGGCAAUAUUUCCUGCAUCUGCGCAUUUGUUGCCGCAGCGAAGAAUCUUUGA